AAUUUUCCGCGUAUAAAUAAUCCAAAUUAUAUAUUUCUCUAGUACUAGAAUGUGGCGGAUUGUAGCAAAAGGUUCUUCCUAAUCUUCUUUACCGUGACGUAAGAGAGUAAAUGGACGAAACACGGUAUGCCGUUUAGUUCACUGCAACUAUGCCAGAUGGCUUCGUAAAGUAUGUUUUUCCUUUUCUCCGUUGGGUCCAGCACAAGUCAGGUAUUAUAUGAAUUGCUCCGUGAGUAGCCUCUCUAUUGAUUUCUGUAGAAACGGGAGAAAAAAAUGUGUAUGUUAGAUUUAUUCCUAAGCAAUGUAAAUACAAUAAAAAUGGUUGGAACGAGUUAAGCAAUAUAUUGCUGGUGUUAUAUAGAGUCUUUAUAAUUUUGCAAUUGCAAGUGAUUCUCUCGUCGCUAUGUUAUUCUUGUUUGCUUUUUUUUCUUUAAGUAGUUACCUCAAUAACCCAUGAUCGGCGUGAGGUGACGUACCUCGGCUGUGAGAUGUCAAAAUAGUCAUGAAAGACUCGCUCUACAGUAUAGUUCCGCUACAUGCACGACCCGAAUUAGCCAAAGACUGUUGUGCGUUAAUCAAUUCGGAAUGGCCUCGAAGUGAAACGGCACGAUUAAGAACAUUAAAUGCAUCAUGCGAAGAGUUUCCAACAUGUCUUAUACUUCUCAAAGAAAAAGACGUUAUAGGUCAUUGUAAAAUUUCAUUAAUACCCAGUUUAGAAAACAGUUGUUUUGUUCAAUCUGUUGUGAUAGAUAAUAAGUGCAGGACUCAGGGAUUAGGAUCCAUGUUAAUGCAAGGCACCGAAAAGUAUGUUAAAGUCAAAGGGAUAAAAAAAGUCUAUUUAAUGACUCAAGGACAAGAGGGGUUUUAUUUGAAAAAUGGAUACAAAAUUAUUGAACCAGUCAACAUAUAUGGAAGUCCCACGUUUCUAUCUCCUGUUUCCAAUAUCACAAAUACUGAAAAUGGAAAAAAGGAAUAUUUGGGACCACCACCUCCACCAAUGCCUAAUCAAAUACGGAAUACUGGUUUGCCCAUUAUAUCUUCAAAAACCUACAUGCUAAAAGCAUUGUAGAAACAAUAACACAAUUUUCUUA